GCGGCAAACCAUGCGAAGAUUGCCAGAGAUGGACAGUCACGGCUGCCCAAAUGAUCUUCGCGAAGAAGAGAUCGACGUCGUGGCGAUGGCAGUGACUGCUGUCGUCGUGAACACGAUGGGCGACAUGGAGUCCUCCUCGCACGACAUGGUGAUGCGGCUCCACCAACGAAGAGUGCUGUUGCAGAGCGUUGCCGAGGCGCCGGAUUACGUGGCGACGUGUGAGGCAGUCAUCCAGUGGUGUGCCGCGCUGUCGUCUGGCAUUUUCCCACGGCAGACUCCGCGGUGGUGGAUUAGACGAUGGACUGGCGGAACAUGGGAGGACCUCCGGCUUCGUGAUGACGCGAUGGACGAGUACUACCGGCAGAAGCUGCACAUGUCGACGGCCAUGUUCACCCAGAUCGUAGCCGCAUGCGUCGUGUACAUGGAGAAGAAGGUGGGCGUCCGGAGAGACGUACGAGAGCGGCACGUCAGCCUUCGGCAUCGGCAGGGCAACUGGACUGCAGGCCGUCUGUACGUCACUUCGGCGCUGCUGCAAGCGUACCCCGACGCGAUAAAGUGGCCAAUGGGAAGGAGACGUGCGCAGAUUCAGCGCGCUUUUCAUGACAAGGGUUUCCCAAACUGCUUCGGCGCUAUCGACUAUACACACAUCUACAUUGGCAAGCCCGCCCGCGCACCUUCCGAUAACUACUACGACAACAAACAAAAGUUCUCCGUGCAGGCGCAGGUGGUUGUGGAUUUGGAUCUGUGGAUCCUUGACGUCCACGUAGGAUACCCGGGAAGUGUGCACGACGUCCGUGUCCUGCACAAUUCCCAGUUGUGGAGGCGUGCAGAAAGUGGCGAGCUGUUCGACGCAACUCCGAAGAAUCUGCUGCACGGUGUCGUCACGCGAGGCCACCUGCUGGGCGACAAUGGUUAUCCAGUUGCCUGUCCAUGGAUCGUGCAGCCGUAUGGAGGAAUCGACCAAGGUGCUGACGAGGAGUGCUUUGACACUCGGCAAAAGGUGGCACGGGGGUGUGUGGAGAGGGCAUUCGGCCGACUCAAGUGCAUGUGGCGUCUGUUCUUGUGCACCCAUAAGACGAACCUGGAGACGUUGCCACAACAAUUCGUGGUUGUCUACACUCUCCACAAUAUCCUCCUGGACGCGGGGAUCGUCUUCGAUGAGAACCUUCUGUGGGAGGUGGAUGCGAACGGCGUUUGGCGUAGAGUGGACUUGGGCAUUGUGGGGAACGGCGCACGCUGGGGGGGACGGUGCACAAACGUGGAAGGAGAAUUGUUGAGGGAUGUACUGCGAGACCGCCUAGCUUUGAUGUAGGAUCGUGCGGUUGGGGGGGGGGGGGGGGGGGGGGGGGGGGGGGGGGGGGGGGGGGGGGGGGGGGGGGGGGGGGGGGGGGGGGGGGUUGUAGCACAUGGGGUGGUGCACAUGGGGUGGUUCGAUCGGUAGGCGGCUGGAGUUAUGACGUGGUCCCUGUCCAUGGUCGUCGUGCGCGUACUUGGUGGGUCGAUGGAAUGGCGGCAUGGUUGUCGCCGAUGAGUUCACAUUAUCGUUUUCAUGGUGUUGACAACUACCUGGUUCGCACAGUUGUGCGAGCUUUUAAGAUUGGAAGAACCUUUUUUUUUGUCAGUGUGUGUCCUUGUAAUUACGACCUGUGUUUCGUUUCUAAUCAACGGUCUCGUGCGGU